GCACAUUUAUACAUUAAAAAUAUUAGUUUUUAAACAGAAAAUCCAAUGAAAAUAUCUAAGCAUGCAACCUCACAAAUGACAGCAACCCCAGCCAUCACAACGACAAACAGCAACUAACAAAAGCAACAAUGCCAGUGUAACACCACCCGUCCUUUACCACUGAUAUCCCCGACGACACCAUUGUCACUUAAGAAGGAGAAGUAAGUGAUCCAUUAUGCUUUCUUUGUUUUCUUUCUUCUUUGAUGCCUAUUGAUUGCCUCUGUCACAGUUAAGAAAAGAUAAAAAAGCAAAAACAAAAAAAAAAUAUAUAUAUAUAUAUCGUGCGCUGUGUAUAUGAACUGAACAAACUUGCGUGGCACCACAUUGAUGACAGGCUGUCAUCUGCUCAACAGUUCCACUGAGAUGGAAUGGUGCUUCCACACUCAUCUCUCAUCUCUCGUUGCUUUCAUAAAAUUACUGCUUUUAUAACACUUGGAUUUUUCCGAAUGAAAGAUUGUUUCGAGGAAGAAACAGUAAAAUAAAAAAGAAAAAGAAAAAGAAUAAUUUCAACAGGAAGGAAAGUAAUAAGCAAUCAAAAGAAGGAGCGAGUGAAUUAGAGAAGUAGCAGAAGACCAUAAACAGCAGCAACAACAACAACAAUAAUUGAUACAUAUAUAUAAAAGUAACUGGUAUUAUAUACACUAUCUGAUUUUUGUUUUGGAUCUUGCUAUUUCUAUCACGCAAUACACUAUUUUGGUCUAUCCACUUCUCUGUUGAUCUGUUUAUCAAUCUUUCUAUCAUUUCUCUAUUUAUAUCUAUCUCUCUAUCUCUGUUAUCUGGCUGUCUGUUUCUCUCUCUCUAUCUACCUCUCUGUCUCUCUAUCUAUCUCUUUCUCUCUCUCUCUCUAUCUUUCUCUCUAUCUAUCUGUCUGUCUAACUAUCCACCUAUCUAUCUCACUAAAAUCUCUACACAUUUUCUCUCUCUCUCUCUCCAUCUCUCUCUCUUUCUAUUCAUCUAUCUAUCUAUCUGUCUGUCUACCUAAAAAUCUUUUUUUUUUUUUUUUUAAAUCAUAGAAUGCUAAACCACUGUCAUAAUCUAAAUUCUGCAAAAUAAAAAAAAAAAUGAAGAUGAUUUCAGUACAACUUCAGAAUUGCUUACCUUACCAUAAAUUCACAAAUAUUCAAAAACAAAAACCAAAAAAUACAAAAAGCACAAAAAGACACUAGGGCUCAUGAAAGUUAGUAUACUUAGUAAACUUCCAUGUACUUUUCUCCUAGUUAAAAUCUCUGAAACAAAAGAAAAUCUGAGAAAAAUCUCAGGUCGCACUACUGUUUUUUUUUAUUCAAUUUUGGAAGUCAACUGUUCUCUCGGCUGAAAGUUCAAAAAUAGAAUAAAAGGAACCGUUUCACUGACUUAGUAAUAGUCACGGCUGUCAAAAUUUUCCAUUUUCACUUUCUUAGAACUCGAAUUAUUUUUUCACCUGUAUAAGAAAUCUCUGCUGGCUUUGAGUCAUUGCAGAGGUUAUUAUACAUACACCCAUACACACCUCUCUUUCCUUCUCUCUCUCUCUCUCUCUCUGCAUGUGCGUGUGUGUACAUAAAGAGAAUAUAUAUAUAUUCACUUUAAUUUCUCUCUCUCUCUAUCGCUCUAUUUAUCUAUCCAUCCAUCCAUCCUUACAUACAUAAGCACAUACAUACAUACAUAUAUACAUACAUACAUACAUAUAUAUAUAUAUAUAUAUAUAUAUAUAUAUAUAUAUAUAUAUAUAUGCAUUCACACAUACGAACACACUUUCUUGAGCCAUGUAUGCACAGACACAUACAGGCACACACAGACAUACAUCUAUUUGUGACACACACUAAAAAAUCGUUACAAAAAAAUUCUCGAACAAACUAUGUUCUUAUGUUUUUUACUCUAACAUUCUAAUACCAAGUGACAAAAGGAGUCAGCAUAUGUGGUCACUCAAGUUUACAAAAUUACAGAGCAUGUAUAGCUGUUCUGAACAAUGAGAGAACAUACUACUAGUCUGGCAAUGCUAGUGCCGGUGCCAGUGAAUUAUACAAAUGCCGACAAAUGGAUUGCAGUUAGAUUUUACUUCAAUCACACAGCUGCCUCAUGCUCAUGGUGAUGAGCAGCAAGAACAGAAUGGGUCUGACACAGAGGGUGAAACAACCACUUGUGGAGGGAAUAGUAUCCUAGCUUGUAAGUUUGGAAUGACAAUUAAUCGACUGUUUUUUACUGGGAAACGCAUGAGGGCAAAAUCUGGUAUGAAGUCCUCUAUCCAAGGAAGAGUGUACAACUUUUUAGAAAGACCUACUGGAUGGAGAUGUUUCAUAUAUCAUUUCACUGUAUUCAUGAUGGUCCUAAUCUGUCUUAUAUUCAGUGUAUUGUCCACAAUUGAACAAUAUGCAGAAUUUGCAAAUGAAACUUUAUUUUGGAUGGAAAUUGUGUUGGUUUUAUUCUUUGGGAUAGAAUAUAUAGUGCGUUUGUGGUCUGCUGGAUGUCGUAGUAAAUACAUGGGUCUCAGAGGACGCAUACGUUUUGCUCGCAAACCAAUCUCCAUUAUAGACUGCAUUGUUGUAAUUGCGUCCAUCUUUGUCCUGUGUGUUGGUUUCAAUGGGCAGGUUUUUGCUACUUCUGCCAUCAGAGGAAUUCGAUUUCUCCAGAUUCUACGAAUGCUACAUGUGGACCGACAGGGAGGUACCUGGAGAUUACUUGGCUCUGUUGUUUACAUCCACAGACAGGAACUAAUAACUACACUGUACAUUGGUUUCUUGGGGCUAAUAUUUUCAUCCUAUUUUGUUUACCUUGCUGAGAAAGAUAACAGCAACAAAGAGGGAGAGUCAGCUUUUAGCAGUUAUGCAGAUGCACUUUGGUGGGGUGUGAUAACAGUGACCACAAUUGGAUAUGGAGACACAGUACCCCAAACAUGGAUGGGACGAAUUGUUGCCUCAUGUUUUUCUGGGAUUCUCGGUUCAGGAUUUGCUUUGAAGGUUCAGCAGAAACAGCGCCAAAAACAUUUUAAUCGUCAAAUACCAACAGCAGCCAAUUUAAUACAGUGCCUAUGGAGAUGUCAGUCUGCAGAACCAUCAGUCAAUUCAACAGCUACGUGGAGGAUGCAUAUGCAAGACAGUCAAAGAUUUAGCCAAUCAUGUCAAAUAAAUUCCAAUGCUUCGAAUUUCUUCCGAGUUGGACGCCGUACUAGUCUAUUAAAGAAGCGGACACUUCACCGACCUAUCAACACAAACAACAGUAUACUAGACAGAGAGGAUAGCUGUUCUUCUCUUCCAGGGUUGUUUGAAACUACAAAUAAACCAACAACACCAACUAAAUAUGGCAGUGGCAGAGAAAACAUAGUCAAAAUGUGCAUACCACCAGAGAAUAGUGAAAAUUCAAUGGAUGAUGGUGAUAAUGAAACAGAGUCUUCCAGAGUAUCUAAACCUUAUGAGUUAACCAGUGAACACAAAACAAUGAUUAGAAUUAUUCGAAAGAUCAAAUUUUUUGUAGCAAGACGGAAGUUUCAACAAGCUCGGAAGCCAUAUGAUGUACGUGAUGUUAUUGAACAAUAUUCUCAGGGGCAUCUUAACAUGAUGGUUAGAAUUAAAGAACUCCAAAGACGACUGGAUACGACUUUGGGGAAGCCAACAUACUUUGGUACACAUAGAGAGAAAAUGACUCUCUGUGCAAAAGUCAAUAUUAUAGAAAACCAAGUUAUCAACAUUGACAGGAAAAUGGAUCAAGUCUUACUGAUUUUGAACAUGAUGUCUAAAACACGUUGUCUGGAGUUUAAUGGAGACAAAAGUCACAAGAGCAGUUAACAAAUGAUGACUUAAUCAGCAGAUACAUUUUAAAAGAGAAAUAUGGUGGCAUAUUUCUGGGACAAUAAAUCCACCACCUUACCUACCUUCUCAUCUCAUCAAAACUCAUUAUCAUUAUUAUAAUUAGAAUGAUGGAUUGGCAGAAUUGUAAGAGAGCUGAGUAAAAUGCCUUGUGAUAUUUAGCUACUGCUCUUUACAUUCUGAGUUCAAAUCAUGCCAAGGUAAACCUUGCCUUUGAUCUUUUUAGAGUCAAUAAAUUAAAGUACCAGUCAAGUACUGGGAUCAAUGUAAUUGACUUGUCCCCUUCCCCUCAAAAUUGUUUCUGAUUGUGCCUAAUGUACUUAAAUUAGAAACAAUAAUUAUCAUCAUAAUUAUUCAUGAUUAUCAUUCAUCACUUGGUGGGUUGAUAUAUACCUGUUAUAGACUGCCUUACCUUUAAUGGGUCUUGUACCUCUUCAAAGGAAAUCACUACCAGUGGCAGAAUCAGAAGAAUGAUGGACAAAAUACCUAAUAGCAUUUAGUUUUGUUCCAUCACAUUCUAAGUUCAAAUACAGCUAAAGUUGACUCUGGUCAACUGUCUCUUACUCCAAAAUUCGUGGCCUUGUGCAUAUGUUGUAUAUAGCUGAUGGAUUGGCAGAAAGAGUAGAGUGACAGGUAAAAUUCCUUGUGGUAUUUACUACAGUCUCUUUACAUUCUAAGUUUAAAUCCCACUGAGGUUGAUUUUGCCUUUCAUCCAUCUGGGCACAUUAGAGAAAUUACCAGUAAAAAACUGUGAUUGAUUUUAUCGGCUGCUCCAAAAACUCAAAAUUUGUGGUGAUGUGCCUGUGUGAGAAAUCAUUAUUAUUAUUUAUUAUUAUUAUCAUUAUUAUUAUUAUUAUAAUUGUUAUGAUUUUUAUAUUCCUUGUUUCAAGUUUGAAUCCUACCAAAAUCAAUUUUGCUGUUCAUGUCUUCAGGAAAGAAGGGUUGAUAAAAUAAAUACCAAUCAUUUACUGAUGUAGAUGACUGUUUUCUAUCAACUAUACACCCACCCAAACAAAUUAAUGUGUCAAUGUAAGAAAUCAUUAUCAUUUACCCAUAUAAUACUGUAUUUUACACUGAACUAAGUUCAAAACCUGAUUUCAAUGACGACCCCAUAUUUGACUGCAUAAAAGACACAUGGGUGUAGUUGAUGCGCCCCAAUUUCAACAGCACACAAUCAGGAAAAAACUGUUUUCAGUCCAUUGGAGCAUGUAAUAUAGGCCUGACUUCAUGUAAGAAAAUAUGGGGUAAUUUCUGAGACAUUUUUGGUAGGGAAAAAGUAUAUCUUGUAUGCCAUCAAAUAUGGUACAUACAUAUAUGUGUGUGUGUGUAUAUAUAUAUAUAUAUAUAUAUAUAUA